UGCUUAGUAAUAAAUAAAUCUUACUGAUAUUAUACAUCAUAGGAUAUACACUUGAGGAGUUGUUGCUUUUCUGAGUAGCAGUGAUGGACUUGUACUAGUCCAAGCAUACUCUCACCUCCUUGUGAUCCACAGCAUACAAUAUGGCCAUGGAACACUUAACUAGGGUGAAGCUUAUAGUCUAUAUAGGAAUCAACCAUUACAUUAUUAGCACUCUAGGAUAAUCAAUCAACAAGCAUUAAUGAAGCACCUAUUAUGUGCCAGGCCAUUGUGCCUCCUUGCAAACAAAUAUGAAAGUUUCAGAUAGCUUCAAGCUUCUUAAGGAGCAUAGCAGAUCUCAAUGGCCAUUAAAUCAGUAUGAUCUCCCUACCCUCUAACGCUGCCUUUCUGAUUACUGCAGUGGUCUGAGAAUUAUUUGUGUUGUACGAUUUCCUAAGUCCUGCACCAGGGUUGGGAUGGAUGUUUCUGAGCCUGAAGCAUUUGGGCUUUCUUCUCCAUACACAUGCUUUCUGAUUGGCUCAGACCUCAGCCUUCACUUGCUGCUAUGGGGAAUAUAUGGGGUAGCAUGUAUGAAGAAUUGAGAACUAUGUUUUUAGUCACCUUGGUUGUCACCUUCAUAUUAUUCCUAGUGCACCUCUCAUGACCAGGCUGACAGCUAUGGGACAAACGGCUAGGAUGACUCCCUGAGGACAACCCAACCCUAAAGGAAUUCUACCAACACCUACUGUUUAUCCUUAUGUGACCUGUUCAUGACCAUUUUUGAAAUUCUGCUUACCCUAGAUUAGUUCAUCAAGAGGCUUCAGCUCCCUUUGACAGGCAGUGGGCACGCCUAGUGCUUAGACUUAGAGUUAGGAAGACUAGGGUUCAAAUCCCACCUCAGACACUUUCUGCGUCAUGGGGAAAAAUCAUAAUCUCUCUCAGCUUUGGUUUCGAUUGUAAGGAGCUAAGAAUUGUAUCCAUGUCACAGAAUUGCUAUAAGGAUCAAAUGGACAAAAUGUAAAUGGUGCUCUACAGACUUUAAAUGCUAUACAAAUGUCAGCCACUAUUGUCUUCUAUCCACCUAAAACCCACAAUGCUUUUAACUGCUCUAGGCCACAUAAAAUCAGUCUGUAACUUGAAUAGAGCUGACCAUCUGGGUUCCCAUCAUGUGUGCGGGUUCAUUUCCCAGAACCAGGCCAAGCUGGGGGCUCAAUGGUGCUGGAGAGGUGGAAGAACAUCUCCUUGUAAACUUUUCUGUGAGCAAGUGUUCCACAACUGGUUUGUAUGUUAUCCACAAACUCUGUAAUUAGCUUAGAGGUAAGCAUGUGUCUGUCUCUGUUCCCUGAAAUCCUGUACCAGAUUGGUAGCCAGCUGCUGGGAUGCUGGAGCUGAUAAUCAUCACUUGGAUGUCUGUUCUAGUCCAAUGGAAUACAGUGCUGGGUUAUCCCUGAUCUGAGCAGCCAUUGGCAUUAUGUUGGGGUCACCCUUGGGGUAUAUGCAUUCCAGGGAAGAUGGAAGAAUCCAUUUUUUGGUUGGGCUUGCUCCAUCACUCUGCAAGUGAUUUGGGCUCCUACCAAUUUUUCAAACUGGGAGUGUAUGGGAGCUAUCAUUAAACCAGAGAAGAUCCCCUCACCCCUACAGGUUCAGCCUGGUCAAGACCACAUUUACGGAUCAAGGCUCAGAGCAUACUAGCCCCUGGGGAUGGAUAAGGAGCAAUUCAUCUGAAGCCUCGGCUGGUGGCUGGGCCCCAAUUCCGGGCCUUCCUGAAGCAGCACUGCCCUAUUAUUAUGGAAACAUUCUACCCUACGCCAUGGUGUUUCGAAGGGAGGCUUCAAACUGUCCUCCGAGUCUUUGUGCAGUCCCGGCCCCCUGUCUCCUACUGGAGUGAGGUGCUCCAGACACCUGAUGGCGGACAGCUGCUGCUAGAUUGGGCCGAAGAACCUGAGAAUAGCCAAUACCCUGACCCUGUCAACCGGCCCACUGUGUUACUGCUCCCGGGCAUCACAGGCAGCAGCCAGGAGACCUACAUCCUUCACCUAGUAUACCAGGCCACUCUAGAUGGCUACAGGACUGUCGUGUUUAAUAACCGGGGCUGCCGUGGGGAAGAACUGCUGACCCACAGGGCCUUUUGCGCUGGUAACACAGAGGACCUGGAGAUAGUUGUGAAUCACAUAAAGCACCAGUAUCCACAAUCCCCACUGCUGGCUGUAGGAAUCUCACUAGGAGGGGUCCUGGUGCUGAACCACCUUGCACAGACAGGUAACGCAGCAGGGCUGGUGGCAGCACUGACCCUGUCUGCAUGUUGGGACUCCUUUGAAACCACCCGCUCUCUGGAGACGCCACUCAAUGCACUGCUCUUCAACCAGCACCUCACAGCUGCACUCUGCCGAUUUGUGGGACGGCAUAGGAAGGUGAUCGAGGAGAAACUGGAUGUGGACCAUGUGCUUAAGGCCCGUACCAUCCGCCAGUUUGAUGAGCGCUACACCACACUGGCCUUUGGCUAUAAAGACUGUGACACCUACUACCAUUCAGCAAGCCCUGGAGCCAAGGUGGAUGCAAUUUGUGUCCCUGUGCUCUGUCUCAAUGCAGCAGAUGACCCAUUUUCCCCACCUCAAGCUUUCCCACUACAGGCUGCUACACACUUGCCACAUGUUGCACUGCUGAUUACAUCCCGGGGUGGCCACAUCGGCUUCCUGGAGGGGCUGAUCCCAUGGCAGUACUGUUACAUGAGCCGCCUCUUUCACCAGUAUGCUGCCGCUGUCUUCCAGCAUGCAGGGGAACUGCAGGCCCUCAGCGAAACCCCACCUUCCAAGGAAGGCCAAGGGCUGACCGACUCCUAGGAGAAGAGCCAUAGAUCUCAGCUCAGCUUCCCCUCAUUUAUUAAAUCUUAACUUUUACUUGUUUUGACUCAGUGAGGUCCCUUCUCCUCCCCUUAUGGUUAGGGAUGACCGAAACUUACUGCAGCCAUAGCCAGGCUGGCUAGCUGUAGGCCAGGUGUGUCUGUCUUCUGCUCUGGACACUAGGAAUGCUUUCUCCCCCUUCCUACCAUUUUCUGUAAACUUCCAUAUCUCUUGUUUGUAUUAUUUGAUUUGGCUAGGCUUCAUUCACAUAGGCAGAGAGAUGCUAGUUAAUGGCCAGUGCCACUGGAAACCAACCAGAUGGGUUGGGAUGAGAACUUGGAGCUUCUGAUAAAACCCGAGAUCUUUACUGGCUUCAGAGUUGCCCUAGUAUGAAGGUGAUGACAUCCCCCACAUAGUAACUAGGAAGACUGACAGAACUCAGGGGGGCUGGGUGUGCUGACCAAGGGCAUCUUUUCCAAAAGAAGACUGUUGACCCCUUCUCCACCCUUUUCCUCCUCCUAGUGUGGUCUGAUGAUUAACCCACACUCGAGGUCCUGGAGACAGACCUUGCUGUUUCCUUCCCCUGCUGCCUCCCAAACUCCUGCUUGUUUCAUUUUAAGCCUUAAGCUUCCCCUUUUGUGAAUGAAAAUUCAACAUAAUAAAAAAACCUAUUGUUGAGGCA